AUACAGGAAGUGUGUCAUCAACAAGCGACGCUCCAAUCCUGAGUAGACGGCGUACACACGCUAGUGUUGUUAGCCUACAUUUUCAAUCUCUCCCACUAAAACAAAGAAAAUUCGUCAACAUGGCUAUGCAAGCAGCGAAACGUGCGAAUAUACGACUGCCUCCAGAGGUCAACAGAAUCCUCUACAUUAGGAACCUUCCCUAUAAGAUCACAGGGGAGGAAAUGUAUGAUAUCUUUGGAAAAUAUGGACCAAUACGGCAAAUCAGAACAGGUAACACACCGGAAUCAAGAGGAACAGCCUAUGUGGUUUAUGAAGAUAUUUUCGAUGCCAAAAAUGCUUGCGAUCAUCUGUCCGGCUUCAACGUCUGCAACCGCUACUUGGUUGUUCUGUACUACAACGCAAACAGGGCAUUCCAGAAAAUGGACACAAAAAAGAAAGAGGAACAGUUGAAGCUCCUAAAAGAAAAAUAUGGCAUCAACACAGAUCCCCCAAAGUAGAAUUCAUAAAAUGUCUCUCUUUUUUUUUUUUUAUUCUGUUUUCCUUGCAAUUUGUGUCAACUACUUUCACAUUCAUAACCAUAGACAUCAAUUUUUUUUAAAUUUGUGUUCUGUUAAUAUAAGGGGUUAUUUUUAUGCAGAGGUUAAAAUUGUUACAUUGGAAAUAAAGUGCAGGAAUGCUGUUUUGCUUCCUGAGACUUGGUUUUAACCUGUAUUUAGAUUUUUUUUGUAACAAUUUGACCUAGAAAUGAAUGUUUCCUCUUCUUUUUUUAGCGAUCAUUGACUUUAAAUUAGCUUUGAUCGAUAUUAUGUUGCACUGUCUGUAAAAUAAAAGUUCUUUCUCAGAAUU